CAAACCAACAGAGUAACCGACACACUUCUAGAAAAAUGCUUCUUCACAGGACGUAGGUGGAUAAUAUGAUAUUGUUAAUUUUGAAUGAUAUGUUUUGAGCGAUAGGUAUCAUGUGCCCAUGAAGAGGUUCUUUGCCUUGUUUACUUUAUUGAGACGUUAAGAGCAAAAUUGUUUGCACUUUUCCCUUGAAGCAUUAAUUCCCGUAUAUUAAAAACACUCUAACUGGAUUUCACUAUCCGUUGUCAAUUACUUCUCGUGAUCUGUGCUCGAAUCUUGCAAGCUCCUGUGGAGGACCUCAAAGGUGCCACGCCUACGUAGAAAACCAUGCAUCUGUGUUAUUUUGGUGUGUUCAUCGUCAUAUGCCAUGCACAGCUAACCCAAGCCAUUGCGCAGUGCGUUCGCCCCACAUAUUCAGAGUAUGGUCAUCAUCUUUCCGGUCACGUUAUUACAACAAGUAAAACUUUCAGCAUUACCGAGUGUGUGAUGUUUUGCUUGAACGAGUCUCGCUGCAAGAGUUUGAACUUUCGUUUAAAAGAUAAGUCAUGUGACUUGAAUUCUGCAAACAAACGUACUCAUCCAAGGGAUUUUGGUCCGAAAGAAGGAUCAGUUUAUAUGAACAAGGAUGAUGAAUUCAAAUCUUGUUCAGAAAUUCUAAAGAAAUUGCCUCAUGCGGAAAGCGACUACUACUGGAUAACUAUUGGAAAUAGAGACGCACAAGUUUACUGUGAUAUGGAAAAACAUGGCGGUGGAUGGACCUUAGCCGUGAGUAUCAGCUCCAAGAACAACGAUCAUCUUCAAAACGCAGCCAACAACUGUCUCAACUCCGUACUGUGCGUUCCUUUUACGCACAAGAACCAGGGAAGAAAGUUGAGUGACAGCGAUAUACAUGAAGUAGCAAAGGAAGAAGGAACUUUUCGGGUCGAUGUGUUACAAAGUGAUGGCACUUUCUUGCAUACAGUAUUUUAUCGGAUACCCAGUGGGCAAAACAAAUUCAACUCAACAUGUCAUCAGGGAAAUUGUCCACGUAUUAUCAUAUCCCACUCCUAUCCAAAUGGUUGGGAGAGUAGCAGCUGCACAGGGAUUGAAAAGGGAUAUCUCAUCGCACCGAGCGACUACUGGGUUUUUGAUGGACAUGAUAACAGCGAGUGCGGCGGCCAGCAAUGGUCUUCGUCCCAGUACGGUAACAGAAAACGUGCCCUGUAUGGUUACACAAUUGGCGGCAAUCGUGGAAUAUACAAUAACUAUGCGGGGAUGAUGUACGUUAAAUAAACAUUGGACAGGUGUUGGCAUAGAUAAAUCUGAUGUGAUAUGUAAAGUUACCAUGAUUUACAAAGCCUUAAAUCGAAAAUUUAUGAAGGGGAAAAUUAUUUCUCACAUAGCGUUAAAGGGGACAAAACUUCUUUUACAAACAGUUCGCCGCAGUCUAUAAUCUAUGGAUUAACCGAGGAAAUGUACCGAUGAUGAUUGAUAGAACGAUUUAUUGUAAUUCCUAUAAGACUUAAGAGUUGACUCCAGAUCUAUUGCUGAUUAAUCUAUCACUGAUUAUAGUUAGUUGACUAUCUGAAAAGAAGUUUGUAAAACGCUCUGCACUAAACGCCAUAACGGAAAUUGAUUCCUGCCUAACAGAUAUCUUUAGCAUGCAAACAGUAAAUAACUCAAUAAAAGAAAAAAAAUACUUAGAAUAAGUUAUUAACUACGUAAAUAGAAAACUUGGUAAAUCAAUACAAAAAAUUUAAAAUUUGAACAUAAAUAAAGAAAUGAUUGCAAAUACGAUUGAUAGGUCUUACUUAUCUUAGUAGUGACGUAUACUAAACACAGCGAGAGAAGACCAAGAUUCGGGACGGCCAUUAAACCAUGAAAACCAUGCAUUAAAUUAGCAGAGUGGAAUAACUUAAAAGUGAUGAGUUGCGCAAGCGCAACUUUUCUGAGAAGGAAACCAGAAAAAAUCCAGUUUAAGUUAAUGUUAAAUCCGCCAUCUUUCCCAUCUUGUUGGACGAAUUACAAAAGCUGGAAACCAACUGCAAAUCCACGGUGCUGGUUCAAUUUCUGUUAUUUCGCGGUGCUUGAUAAAUGUAGGAAAUUAACCCUCGCUACUAAGAGUGUCUUGGUAAAAAAUAAUUAAAUUAUAUUAACGGAAGAAUCAUGUUAUUGUAUUACUAGGCUCAGAUAAUCAAACCGGAGGCAUUCGCCAAUAAUUAAUGCUAUUUUUAUGAUUUUAAGGUUAAGUAUUAGCGUCGUUCAGAU